AUGGCGGGCCUGGGGCGGCCGGGACCAGGCCCGCGCGCCGCGCUGCCCGCCUGGAAGCUGGAGAUCCUGGAGCGCAAGCGGGCCAAGCUGGCCGCCCUGGGCGCGGGCGCGGCGCCGGCGGAGCCCGCGGGCGCGGCCGAGCAGCUGGUGCUGGCCGAGAGCCUGGGCCCGCUGCGCGAGAACCCGUUCGUGCGGCUCGAGUCCGCGCGGCGGCGCGGCGCGGCGCGGCCGGUGCAGCAGCUGCUGGAGCUGUGCCGCCGCGUGCCGGGCGUGCGCGCCAUCCGCGCCGACGACAUCCUCAUCAUCGAGUCGGCGCCCGGCCUGCCCGCCGCGCCGCCCGCCGCCGGGGCCGCGCGCCUCCGAGCCGCCGAGGUGCUGGUGUUCGAGGCGCCGGCGCCCGGCCGCGUCAGCCGCCUGCUCGAGAAGUUCGACCCUCGCGCCGCGCCGCGCCGCCGCGGGAGCCCCGAGCGCGCCCGCCCCCCGCUGCCGCCGCCGCCCCCAGGGUCGCCCAGGCCCCCGUGCGCGGAUCCCGGCCAGUCGGGCCCGCGCCCGGGAGAGCGCGCCGCCGGUCUCGAGGGCGGGCGCGGAGGCGGCCGGGCCGGCCCUGGGGCCCGGCGCAGCGACUUCCUGCAGAAGACCGGCAGCAACUCCUUCACCGUCCACCCCCGGGGCCUGCACCGCGUCGUCGGCACCCGCCCCCUCUCCAACGGGCUCGCGGGCUCCCCGCCGGGGCUGAGCGAGUGGAAGCCAAAGGUGGAGGCGGGGGAACCCUCCCUCCACCCGUCCCCCAGUCCCGGGACCCCGAGUGCCACUCCAGCCGCUCCCCCUGCCUUCCCUGCGCCCAGCCCUGCCAGUGCCACUCCCAGCCAGCUCCAAAGGGUCUCCGCAGCCACCAGCGCCAACGACUCCUUCGAGAUAAGGCCGGCCCCCAAGCCAGACAUGGAGACCGUCCCCUCGGGGGACCUCCAGGCUCAGGCUCUGGCCAGCCUCCGGGUAAACUCCCGCAACUCCUUCGUGUUCAUCCCCAAGCGCAAGGCCUCCGGGGUCCCUCCUCUCGAGGGGAGGCAGUCUGCGGAGCUGCCAAAGGGAGAGGUGGGCUGGGCCUCCCAGAGCCAGGAGCUCAGAGCCCAGCUGGUGCCUGGAGCAGAUGGCGCGCCUGCCCUUGGGAGGAGCCCCUCCCGGGUCGAGGGGAAGUGGGCAGUUGAGGAGGGCAGCUGCCCCAGGCCAGCCACUGCCCUCAUAGACCGGGCUGUCAGGUGGCAGAGGCCGUCCUCGCCACCCCCAUGGCUGUCGGCCCCUGCCGAAGCUGAGCCUGCCGAGGGCUACGGGGUUCCUGGCUUGGCCAAGAAUGGCCAGGAGCAUGGAAGGCCAGAGCUGCCUGUGACCUUCAUUGAUGAGGUGGAUUCAGAGGAGGAGACCCCACAAGAAGCCAAACUGCCCUGCUCAGAGAUUGGUGCACCUCCCCGGUACCGCCUGCACCCUGUGAGGCCUGGACACACAUUAGAGCCCCAGCACCGAGGCAGCAACACCUUCACAGUGGUGCCCAGGAGGAAGCCAGGGACCCUGCAGGAGCAGCACCUAGGUCAGGCCGCCAACGGGGAACGUCAGCCACAGGAAGCCAAGGAAGAGGAGGACGGUAGCCUCUUGGGGCCACGCGCUGCCCCGGGGACCACCCCAAAAAAGCGCUACCCCACUGUGCAUGAGAUAGAGGUGAUCGGCGGCUACCUGGCCCUGCAGAAGUCCUGCCUCACCAAGGCUGGCUCCUCAAGAAAGAAGAUGAAGAUCUCCUUCAACGACAAGAGCCUGCAGACCACAUUUGAGUAUCCGUCCGAGAGCUCUCUGGUACAGCAGGAGCAGGAGGAAGAGGAGGAGGAGGAAGGAGAAGAGGAAGAGGUGGAGGAGGAGGAGCAGGAGGAGGAGGGGGAGGGGUCCAGCUCAGAGAAGCCCUUUGCAGUCUUCCUGCCCCGGGCCACAUUCGUGAGCAGCGUGGGGCCUGAGAGCCCUCGGCUGCCAGACGGCAGUUCAGGCCUGUCCAGCUACACUCCAAAGCAUUCCAUGGCCUUCAGCAAGUGGCAGGAGCAGACACUGGAGCAGGCUCCCAGCAAAGCAGAGCCCCUGCCCAAGGAGGUCGUGCUCACACCUGCCAGUCAGAAUGACCUCUCAGACUUCCGGAGUGAGCCAGCCCUGUAUUUCUGACCCCCAGCACUGCCAGGACAGCCAAGGCCUGAGCCUCAGGUGUGGGGGCCCUGGGAGCUCCCACCUUCAUCUGCAGCCCCUUCUGCCCUGCCUGGCUCUGCUCCACUAUACCCCACCCUCCCUUUCCUGUGGCCUCAGCCAUGCUGGCCCUGGAAGCAUCCUAGGCUCCUCCUGCCAUUGGGGCCAGGUCUGUCUGAGUCACUCCCAGGCCUGGUUUGGGGACUCCAAGGAAAAGCAGAGGUGGGGAGCUGCCUGUGGAAAAGGGCCAAAGUCCUGUUGGAUGGUGGCCCAUUUGUGAACAGGUGGGAGCCUGAGCACAUUCUGCCCCUGGCUGUUGUCUGUCCUGCCCGCCAAUCCUGCUUCCCAGCCCCUGCCUGCUGUGCCUAGCGGCUGUUGGGCAUGUCUGGGUUGAAGGGCUGUCCGGGCUACCUGUUUUCUGCAGGACUCCAAACCCCCGACCUCAGCCCGCAUUCCAAGGUAGAGCUCAGCCACCCCUUUGUGAUGAACGGCCAGUCUUCUCUUGCCUCUGAUGAUGAACUCAAUAAACAGCACUGAA